UUACGUGUCACGCAGGGCAUUUUUCCAAUCAGCUGAUUCUGCGACGGAGGAAAACACACCAAAUCAAAUCAGCUGGCUAACCGACAGCCCGGAAAAGAGACGUUUGACGAUUGUGUGUUUGAAAUCCGCUGGGAUGAGGCGUCUUGAUGCGGUGUCUUCCCCCACAGCUGUCAUUGCUGCAGUAUAGGCUUCUGCCAUGGACAAGAUUCUGGAGGCCCUGGUGGGCUCAUCCCAUCCCGUAUCUGUGAAGAAGGCCAUCGUGAAGAAGGUAGUGGAGGCAGCGGAGAAGGAGGUGACCGAGGAGCAGUGUCACGCUCUCUAUGGCCUUGCCACCCGCCUCAUUCUAUUGGGCGAGGACACUUUCCAGAGGCAGGUGGGCAUCCAGGUACUGGAGGCAUAUGCACGCUGCCACCGUGCUCAGUUUGAGUGCUUCUUUACAAAGGAGUUUGUCGUGGGCCUCCUGCAGCAGGGCUACGGCAGCCUGGACAGGAAGGACCCGGCUGUCAUUGACUAUGUCCACAGCUGCCUGCGGCUGCUCAUCAGCUGCCCCUCGGUGCUGGAGAUCUUUGGGGCAGUGCAGGUGGAGGUGCUGCGCGUGGUGUGCGAGAGACCCGGGCCAGCUAUGUGCGCUCGCCUUAGCACAAUGUUGCUGGAUUUUGUGCAGUGCAUCCCCAGGGACAAAUCGGCUGUGCUGUUCUGCCAGCAGCUGCUCAGGACCAUUGCGCACUUCCAAUGCACUUCCGACCAAGAGCGGGAGUUGCAGGAGUAUGUCUCUCAGGUGACCAAGGUCAGCACCCUGCUCCAGACUAUCUGGAAGGCUGAGCCUGCUACACUACUGCCCUCCCUGCAGGAGGUUUUCGCCAUCAUUUCUUCCACAGACCCUUAUUUUGAGCCCUCCAUAGCACUAGCUAGCCUGGUGCAGCACAUACCUCUCCAGAUGAUCACUGUUCUCAUCAAGAGCCUCACCACUGACCGCAAUGUGAAGGAUGCCAGCAUGACACAAGCCCUGUGCAGGAUGAUCGACUGGCUCUCCUGGCCUUUGGCACAGUACGUGGACACGUGGGUGAUCGCUCUCCUCAAGGGGCUGGCGGCUGUGCAGAAGUUCACCAUCCUCAUAGAUGUCACUCUUCUUAAGAUUGAACUGGUUUUCAGCCGUCUCUGGUACCCAGUUGUGAGGCAGGGGGCCCUGGUGGUUCUGUCCCAUAUGCUGCUAAGUUUCCAGCACUGCCCUGAGGCCUUCCACCUGGUGGUCCCACAGAUUGUGGACCUGGUUCAGUCACUGAAAAGUGAUGGGCUUCCCACAAGCAAAGACUUCUUGCUGCAGUUCACUGAGCUCAUCCAUUGCAUGAUGUACCAGUUUUCUGGGUUUCCAGACCUUUACGAGAACAUUCUGGAAGUCAUAAAAGAGCUUCCCAAACCCGGCGAGAAGAAAAUGAAGCAAAUCCUGAAUCGGAGUGCUUGGACCUCCCAGUCCAACUCCUUUGCAACUGGACUGCUGAGGCUCUCGGGCAAAUCUGAGACAGGAAAAACAGGCCUUGUCAACUUGGGGAACACUUGUUACAUGAAUAGCAUCCUCCAAACCCUCUUCAUGGCCACAGAUUUCAGGCGGCAUGUUUUAUCCCAGCAACUGAGCGGUUCGAACACACUUAUGAAGAAACUCCAGCUGCUGUUCGCCUUCCUCGCGCACACCCAGAGGGCAGCCUAUGCUCCAAGAAGUUUCUUUGAUGCGUCAAGACCCCCAUGGUUCACCGCUGGAUCCCAACAGGAUUGCUCUGAGUAUCUGCGUUACCUGUUGGACAGGUUGCACGAGGAGGAGAAAACCUUUCAGAUUUUGAAGCAGGCCACUUCUAAGGCUGUUCCUCCUGAAGCUGGGGAUACAACUCCCGCCAUAGUGUCACGCUCAACAGACACUCGCAGUCACAUCGUGGAGGCCGAAGGUGACAGGAAGACUCUUGUAGAAAAGCUGUUCAGGGGUCGGCUCUGCACGGGGAUCCGCUGCCUGCAGUGUAAUAGCAUUUCCGAGAAAGACGAGCCCUUCACGGACCUUUCCCUGGCCUUCUACCCGCCAGCAGCUCAGGAACUCGCAGAAGACAGUUUGGAGGCAGAGAGGGGCCCUGCGUCUGCCUGCCAGGGGUCUGUGAAUGGUAGUGACGAGAUCUCAGAGAGUUCCAGCAAAGAGAGGCAGGCCGGGGCUGAUGGAGAACACAGGGUGCCCAACGGACCAGGUGCUGAGAGAUGUCUCUCUGUCCCUGAUCUGGUAAACUACUUCCUGGCACCAGAGAUCCUGGACGAAGAAAACAAAUAUUACUGUGAGCGCUGUGUCUCCCUGCAGCGAGCAGAGAAGACUCUGAGAGUGCUGGACACCCCAGAGUACCUCAUCCUCACUUUGCUGCGCUUUUCCUAUGAUGCCAGGUGCCAUGUGCGCCGCAAGAUCCUAGAAAAUGUCUCCAUCCCGCUGCUUAUGCGGCUCCCCUCUUACCACAGGACCGCCAUGUCUGGACCCACUUCUUCCCUUGAGGUAGACUCCUUCGAUAGUGGAGAGAACUUGGCCAAGAAACUGAAGCCUUCUGUGAAGGAGGAGCAGGAGUUAAAGGAGGAGGUAGAAGUCACAUCAACCACAGUUGAGUCCGUGCCGUAUGUACUCUGCUCUGUGGUAAUGCACUCUGGAAUGUCCUCGGAGAGCGGCCACUACUACUGUUAUUGCCGUAACGUCAGUGGCGCUGAUCAGGGAGAGGAGUUCAAAGAUGACAGUUUGACAGACCCCGGCCUGCAGACCUGCUUCAGUGUUGUCAAGCAGGAGGAGCCUGGCGCCCAGCCCCUUAGGGAUUGGUUCCUCUUCAACGACAGCCGGGUGACAUUUACCUCCUUCCAGUCAGUGCAGAGCGUGACGAGCCGGUUCCCGAAGGACACUGCCUACGUGCUUGUCUACAGGAAGCAGAGUCUUACGAACAGUGGGGGGGCUGGGACCAACAACUGGCUGAGGCUGACUGCAGAGCCCCCAUUACAGAAGGAGCUCAUGGAUGCCAUUACUAAGGACAACAAACUGUUCCUGCAGGAGCAAGAGCUGAGUGCCCGGACCCAAGCUCUCCAGGCUGCUUCCUGCUCCUUCCGGCCUAACGGCUUUGACGAUAACGAUCCCCCUGGAAGCUGUGGCCCCUCUGGUGGAGGAGGGGGAGGGGGUUUUAACACCAUCAGCCGUUUGGUCUUUUGAAGCUCCUGGGAUUUGGCAGCAAGGAAAUGGAGGUUGCUGUAGUGGGGAGUGGAAAAAUUUCUCCACGGGGCUGCUGGACUUGCACCUUGCUGACUCCUGAUGUUCCGGACCCAUUCCUGCAGACCUUACCUCCAUUAUCUUACCUUGCAAAGUGCUACCUUCCUUUAACACUUGGUUUUGCAUGUGAUCCUAUCAUAACAGGAUUUUUUCUGUUUACGAAAAUAGCUGUAACACAGGAUUGCAUAAGUCACAUAAGACUUAUAUAAUGCAAUGAGUUUAUACAGUGUUGUGGAAAAGUACGUACACACUGUGAAAAGAUUUGUUUUUCAACAUAUUUCCAUGUAUGGGCAUUUCAUAAUUUCAGCAAUACUGAUGAAGGUGAUUUUUGCAUUAUUUACAUUUAUUCAUUUAGCAGAUGCUUCUCUCCAAAGUGAUGUA